AUGUUGACAUUUGAGGGCUCCUACAACAACAACCACUUAAGCGACAACAACACAGUGAAAAAAAUGGCGGACAAAAUAGAGGGAAAAUGUCUGGAAAUGUGCCCGAAAUCUGAAAUACUUGAGAGGGAAAGGCAUAAACGACUAUCAAUUUUUGAAAUAGCUCGUGGGACGGAGUAUGAUAAAGUACCAAAAGCAAAUCACGAGGCUUGCUUAAAGGAGUUUGUUCGCCCAGCUGCUGGAUGCCAAAUCGAUAUCAUGAAACUGAGGCCCCCUUACGUUUUACAACGUUGUGUUAACUACUUGAUAUCAAAUGUCAUUGCGAAAGACAAACACAACAGAAGCUGGACUGACGUUUACAGUUUCGUUUCAGAUAGAAUAAGAGCGAUAAGGCAAGAGCUAGUCAUUCAAAGAGCAGAUGAAAAAGUUGCCGUUGACAUCUUAAAAAAGGCCGUAAGAUUUCAUAUUGUCAUCAUGGAGGAGCUUAAAAACGAAGGAACAUUUAAAAGAGAUGAUAGCAUCCAGCAGUUACACUCAUCUAUAUUCACUUUGCUAGAACACGUUAAAAAAGAGAGCAUGAACUGUUUUGAAAUUAGAGUUUACUAUAUGCUAUUAAAUUUCCACAAAAAGCUUCUUAUAGAGGACAUGUUGAUACAGUUGCUAGAGUCACACAGCAGCAUACCACGUGGUAGAGCAGAUAUCAUAAAAUUCAUUACAGAAAAUAGGUUUCUUUUUAACUAUUAUAGGUUUUUUAAAGUUUUUGAAAAACUUCCAUACAUUUCAUCUUGUUGUCUGAUAACAAAUUUAAAUUUUCUGAGAAAGAAAGCCUUAGAAGUUAUCUACAAAGGGUAUAAAGCAAAGAAUUCAAAAAUACCAGUAAGUGUUAUCAAUGAGUGGCUUAUGUUUGACACAGUGGAAGAAGCAAAAGCAUUUUGUAUUUGCAAUCAGAUUCAUACUGAAGAUGGUUAUGUGUUUACAAAUGGAACAAUGGCUUUUGGCAAGGCUGACACUGACUGGGAUGGUAAUGAGACUUCAUGGAGGCUACUUGGUGCUAAGCGGUUAAAAUCAUUAGAAGAAUAUGUGGCAGAGGGUGAAGAAUCCUAUGAGCUAUAUGGCUGACAGACAAUUAAGAAAGCCUUUAAAAAUUUCUACUUAUUUUGAUUUUGUUAAUAUGCAUGGAAAAAAGAACCACAUGGACUGUAGAGUUCUAGUAAGCACUAGAUAUAUAUUAAAUUAUUUCACAUAGCUGCCAACGCUCCCGCAUCCUGCUGGAGACUCCAGCAUUUCAAGCUUGUCUCCAGCCGAGCUCAGCAACAGCAAAACCUAGAAAAAUCUCUAAAGCAUUCUAUGAUUUGAAAACAUUCAAAAUUUACUUUUACAUUUUGAUUAUUGUAAGUGGUUUUUUUCAUGCAACCAAUAGAGUUGUCUUUCCUAUGUUUAGAUGUCUCACAGGCUUGCCACCUGCAGUUCUAAUCUCCUUUUGUCCCCUGCUGCUUUUCUGUAUCCUGUUGCAAUGGAAAUAUUUUAAGCUCCUCCAUAGCUACACAGUGCUGCUGCGCAGCACUCAAAUCUCCAGCACUUUAUUCUCCAAAACUUGGCAACUAUGUUUCAUGAAAAUUACUGGUUACCGGUUUGUCGUAAAAUGCUCAAUGCCAUAUAGGCAGAGCUGUACACACUAUUCAGUGUAUAGAACUGUCUUGUUCUUUACACCAAGUAGUAUAUUAAAUUAUUAAUAGGAAUCUUAUGGUCAUGAGAAAAACAAACAAGGAUGCUCAUUAAAAUCAAAAUAUUUAUUUCCUAAUUUCACAACAGUUACACAUGAAUUCCACCCCUGAACUUGAUAUAUUUUGACUGUUUUGGAUCAAACCAUCCAGUACUGUUAUGUACUCAGAAAGAGCAAAUGGAAAUAUACAAGUAAACGAAAAAUUUCCUAGGUGCUAAUUGAACAAAUUUAAUGAAGGUAUCUGAUAUUGGAACAUAAAUUUUCACAUCAGGCCAGAGGUAAUCGAAUAUUGUUAUAAUAUAAAAAGAAGUUAAUUAUAGGAAACAAACUUUAUUUGUCAGAUUUUCUCUUAUUUUCAUUUAGUUUCAAAACCAUACAAUACUUGCAAAAUCAAGCUGUUUUACACUCCUGGGAUGCUUUGCAUAAAUUAUUCGUUCUUGUCAACUAACAUUAACAUGCACAGAAUAAACAAGAGUUUAUUAACUUAGUAUCAACUUUGUUGGGCUUGAUUUUCAUUGAAAUCACCUCAUUGUAUUAAAGCACAGUUCAAAGUUCAAAA